CCUAGGCGCCGAGGAUAGAUUUCACAGGAACGUAGUGACUUGUACUGAAAGACGCGCUUGAGCUGAUAUUAGGAAGUACUUAAAAAAAAUCGGGAGGUCGAUUCCCUUGCAGUUCUGCCACCAUCUGCUGUGUGGACUGAGUCAGCGUGAGAUAUUUCCAGUGUGGGUGCUGCGGGGCACUUUCAUCGCACAACAUGACCUCUUCUUCUGUGAUUUCAUUGGAGGAAUGAUGAAGAGGCAGUUGUGGAUAGAGGUGGAACUCGUUCUAUUCUCAAAACACACUUUGAGAAAGAAGAUUUAGAAGGUCAUCGGACACUAUUUAUUGGGGUUCAUGUGCCCCUUGGAGGAAGAAAGAGCCAUCGACGUCACAGGCAUCGUGGUCAUAAACACAGAAAGAGAGACCGAGAAAGAGACUCGGGUGCAGAGGAUGGAAGGGAGUCACCGUCUUUUGACACCCCAUCACAGCGAGUACAGUUCAUUCUUGGAACUGAGGAUGAUGACGAAGAGCACAUCCCUCAUGACCUUUUCACGGAACUGGAUGAAAUUUGCUGGCGUGAAGGUGAGGAUGCUGAGUGGCGAGAAACAGCCAGGUGGUUGAAGUUUGAAGAAGAUGUGGAAGAUGGAGGAGAAAGGUGGAGCAAGCCUUAUGUGGCUACUCUUUCAUUGCACAGCUUAUUUGAAUUGAGAAGUUGUGUUUUGAAUGGAACUGUGUUGCUGGACAUGCAUGCUAACACCUUAGAAGAAAUUGCAGAUAUGGUCCUGGACCAACAAGUGAGCUCAGGUCAGCUCAGUGAAGAUGUGCGCCACAGAGUUCAUGAGGCACUGAUGAAGCAGCAUCACCACCAGAAUCAGAAAAAACUAACAAACAGGAUUCCUAUUGUCCGUUCCUUUGCUGAUAUCGGCAAGAAACAGUCAGAACCAAAUUCCAUGGACAAAAAUGCAGGUCAGGUUGUUUCUCCUCAGUCUGCCCCAGCCAGUGCUGAAAACAAAAAUGAUGUUAGCAGAGAAAAUAGCACUGUUGAUUUUAGCAAGGUCGAUCUGCAUUUUAUGAAAAAGAUUCCUCCAGGUGCUGAAGCCUCAAACAUCUUAGUGGGAGAACUGGAGUUUUUAGAUAGAACUGUAGUGGCAUUUGUCAGGUUGUCUCCAGCUGUCUUGCUUCAAGGAUUGGCUGAAGUCCCUAUUCCAACCAGAUUUUUAUUCAUUCUGCUGGGACCCCUGGGAAAAGGCCAACAGUACCAUGAGAUUGGCAGAUCAAUUGCAACCCUAAUGACAGAUGAGGUAUUUCAUGAUGUUGCAUACAAAGCUAAAGACCGUAAUGAUUUGGUAUCAGGAAUUGAUGAAUUUCUGGAUCAGGUUACUGUUCUCCCUCCUGGAGAAUGGGACCCAAGCAUUAGAAUAGAACCUCCCAAAAAUGUUCCUUCCCAGGAGAAGAGGAAAAUUCCUGCUGUACCAAAUGGAACAGCAGCUCAUGGGGAAGCUGAGCCCCAUGGAGGGCAUAGUGGACCUGAACUUCAGCGAACAGGAAGGAUUUUUGGGGGACUUAUUUUGGAUAUCAAAAGAAAAGCUCCAUACUUCUGGAGUGACUUCAGAGAUGCUUUCAGCCUGCAGUGCUUAGCAUCUUUCCUGUUUCUCUACUGCGCAUGUAUGUCUCCUGUCAUCACGUUUGGAGGACUGCUGGGAGAGGCAACUGAAGGUCGUAUAAGUGCCAUCGAAUCUCUCUUUGGAGCGUCCAUGACCGGAAUAGCCUAUUCUCUCUUUGGCGGACAGCCACUGACCAUAUUGGGGAGUACAGGACCAGUUUUGGUAUUUGAAAAGAUUUUGUUUAAAUUUUGCAAGGAAUAUGGACUGUCAUACCUAUCUUUAAGAGCUAGUAUUGGACUGUGGACAGCAACUCUGUGUAUAAUACUUGUAGCCACUGAUGCAAGUUCUCUUGUCUGCUAUAUCACCCGGUUUACUGAAGAAGCUUUUGCCUCUCUUAUUUGCAUUAUUUUCAUUUAUGAGGCCUUGGAGAAAUUGUUUGAACUCAGUGAAGCAUACCCAAUCAACAUGCACAAUGAUUUGGAACUGCUGACUCAGUACUCAUGUAAUUGUGUGGAACCACAGAAUCCCAGCAAUGAUACACUGAAAGAAUGGAGAGAGUCCAAUAUUUCUGCCUCUAAUAUUAUUUGGGAGAACUUAACUGUGUCAGAGUGCAAAUCAUUGCAUGGAGAAUACAUUGGCCGGGCCUGUGGACACGACCACCCCUACGUCCCAGAUGUUCUCUUUUGGUCAGUGAUCUUGUUCUUUUCUACAGUCACCCUGUCAGCCACCCUGAAGCAGUUCAAGACUAGCCGGUAUUUUCCAACCAAGGUUCGAUCCAUAGUGAGUGACUUUGCUGUCUUUCUCACAAUUCUGUGUAUGGUUUUGAUUGAUUAUGCCAUCGGAAUUCCAUCUCCAAAACUGCAAGUGCCAAGUGUUUUCAAGCCUACCAGAGAUGAUCGUGGCUGGUUUGUUGCACCUUUAGGUCCCAAUCCAUGGUGGACAGUAGUGGCUGCAAUUAUUCCUGCAUUGCUUUGUACUAUUCUAAUUUUUAUGGACCAACAAAUCACAGCUGUCAUCAUCAACAGAAAAGAACAUAAGCUAAAGAAAGGUUGUGGGUACCACCUGGACCUGUUGAUGGUGGCCAUCAUGCUCGGGGUGUGCUCCAUCAUGGGCCUACCAUGGUUUGUGGCUGCCACCGUCCUCUCCAUCACUCAUGUCAACAGCCUGAAACUGGAAUCAGAAUGCUCAGCUCCAGGAGAACAACCUAAAUUCCUCGGCAUUCGGGAACAAAGGGUUACUGGGCUCAUGAUUUUUAUACUUAUGGGUUCGUCGGUCUUUAUGACUAGCAUACUGAAGUUUAUUCCCAUGCCAGUGCUAUAUGGUGUAUUUCUUUAUAUGGGUGCUUCGUCUCUGAAGGGAAUUCAGCUCUUUGAUAGAAUAAAGCUCUUCUGGAUGCCUGCAAAACAUCAACCAGAUUUUAUAUAUCUAAGGCACGUGCCACUUCGAAAAGUCCAUCUCUUCACAGUUAUUCAGAUGAGCUGCCUUGGCCUUUUAUGGAUAAUAAAAGUUUCAAGAGCUGCUAUUGUCUUCCCCAUGAUGGUGUUAGCCCUGGUAUUUGUAAGAAAGCUAAUGGACUUCUUGUUCACCAAACGGGAGCUCAGCUGGUUGGAUGACUUAAUGCCCGAAAGUAAGAAAAAGAAACUGGAAGAUGCUGAAAAAGAAGAAGAACAAAGUAUGCUGGCCAUGGAAGAUGAGGGCACAGUUCAACUCCCUCUGGAAGGGCAUUACAAAGAUGAUCCAGCUGUGAUCAACAUUUCUGACGAAAUGUCAAAGACAGCCUUGUGGAGGAACCUUUUGAUUACUGCCGAUCACUCCAAAGAUAAGGAGUCAAGCUUUCCUUCUAAAAGCACUGAAAGCCGAAAUGAGAAGAAAGCUGACUCAGGGAAAGGUGUUGACAGGGAGACUUGUCUAUGACUGAUCUUCAAUUUAUUUUUACAUAUAUAUGAGAAGAGUGUCAAUUAUUAAUACAACUACUUUAAUCAUGUAUUAUAAAUUCUGUUUCUCAUCCCAAAUCCACCUCCAUACUGUAAGUAGUGCAAUACUUGUUUCAUUUCUGUGUUGAAGCUUCUGAGCAGUGAGACACUGUUGUGACCAGAUAGAAUUGCUAAUGCAAGAAUCAUUGUGUUCUUUGCUGUAUGUUAGACACUUGCAAACACUGGAUUCACAUUGUAAACUUUAUGAAAACAAUAGCCUUCCUAAAGAGAUUAGUAAUAUUUACCUAGCUUGUGUGACCUUAGUGACCUUAGUGACCUGAAGAUACCUGUUUGUUUCAUUCAGAAGAAUUUUGAAACAUGGACCUAAUUCUUAUCAUUUUUUAACAGCAUAGCAUUAGUGACUUAUUUCGAAAGACCCAAAUCAAAAGGUAGUUUGAAUGCAUUAAAAAAAUCAUUGUUUAUGUAUUUUUUGAUUUAAUAUUGAUACAUUUAAUACUUA